CCUGUCGGCAUUAAGCUGUGGGUAACGUGAGGUGAGAGGAAAGACUUUUGCAUCCUACCUUUCAUUUAUCUGUCAGGUAAACAAAGGCUUUUAAAGUCAACUCAGUUCAAAGUGGGUGAUGCUGCAUGGCUGCAUCCUUGGUGUUCAGACUGCACGACAGAGGCCCCGAGCUGGUGAGGGAGGUACUUCUGGAGCGAGGGUGGGAGGAGUAUAAUGAAGGAGAGCGUGAGGAGGAAGACUGGAACCUUUACUGGAGAGGCUCUUCAUUUCAGACCUCACAAUAUCACAACCUGCUGCCGUGGCAACGCCUCAACCACCAUCCUAAAACUGUUGGCAUCACACGCAAGGAUUGCUUGGCACGCAACCUGAGAAGAAUGAAAGCAACGUUUGGUUCAGCUCUCUAUGACUUCAGUCCCACCACUUUCAUCCUCCCCAAUGACUACACCUGCUUCCUGGCUGAGUACAACAGACUGCGUCUGGCCAGAGGAACAUCGGUCUACUGGAUAGUUAAGCCUGUGGAUCUCUCCAGAGGCCGAGGGAUCUUCAUCUUCGAGGAUAUUAAGGACUUGGUUUAUGAUUGCUCUGUCGUCAUUCAGAGGUACAUUAGCAGCUCUCUGCUGAUCUCCGGCUACAAGUUUGACUUGAGGAUUUACGUGUGUGUGAAGAGCUUUCAUCCACUGACUGUGUACAUUCAUCAAGAAGGCCUGGUGCGUUUUGCCACUGAGAAGUUCAACCUGUCAUCUCUGCAUAACCUGUAUGCUCACCUCACUAACACCAGCAUCAACAAGUUCGGUCCCUUCUACAAAACCGAAAAAGGAAGAGUGGGCCAGGGAUGUAAGUGGACCAUGAGCAAAUUCAGACAUUUUCUCCACAGUCAACAGAUCAACGAGCUGCUUCUGUGGCAGAGGAUCAACAACAUCAUCACUCUGACCCUGAUUGCCAUUGCUACAUCAGUGCCCUCCUGUCCUAACUGUGUGGAGUUGUUUGGAUUUGACAUCCUCAUAGAUGCCAAGUUUAAGCCCUGGCUGCUGGAGGUCAACUACAGCCCUGCACUCACACUGGACUGCCAAGCUGAUAUUUCAGUGAAGAAAAAGCUAGUCAGUGAUGUCAUUGAUAUGAUGAACUACACAUCGACCGACAGCUUAAGAGACAGAGCUUAUUGGAAACAUAGGUACAAGCAACCUUGUUUUAAGGCGAACCACCCGUCUGCACCUGUGCUCUCAACGUUAAACCAUCAGAAGAAAAAGAGAGGUAACAAGGGCUCACACACUCAAAUUCUCCCUCUGCUAAAAACGUCUCAUCAGCCUGAAAAGACAAAACGGGGUAAGCUUAAACAGCGUGACAUUGAAGCCAACUACCAAAGAUGCCUUCCCCCUGUUGAAUUAUCAAAGAUACGUGAAGCUAGAUGCAGAAUAAUUAACACCAGUGCUAUCAAACUCCACACCAACCAGACCCAAAACCCGAUACUGGGCCAGGAUUCAAGGACAAAUGAGUCAGCGUUGAACAGACAGUCUCGUCAGCCUCUUGUAUCGUACCUCAUGAACAACGGGUCUCUUUACAGGUCUGAUGUUACAAACCAUGACAACACUGAAACAGAAGCUGAGAGGCAGUGCUCAGGAGAGACAGACGUUUCCUCUUUGAUACCUGACACCCAGGAGAGUGAGGAAGCAUUCACACGGCCUGCUGCGUCCUGGAAGCUCCCAAACAUUUACAGCACAAAAACAUUUCGGAUCACUGCGGAGAAAACCACAGGGAAUGGACAAAAUAUUCCACCAGUGAAGGUUGGAGACUUCAUAAGGACGUUUCCAUUUAACAGGGCUACUCUGAAAGCCUCGCAGCACGAACUGGACAUAAGGACAGUCCUACAGGAGAUUCAGAGCCUAACUGGUCAGUUGGUUUUAGGCAAAGGAGACAAGAUGAAGAGCAGGAGAGAAGAGAAGGUGUCGGCAGAUAAGGAUGUUGAUACUGACUUUGAUUCGCUGCUGUGGGGACCAAAAGAUCCUCCACUGAUCAGCCAAUGCUUCAAAUCAACUUAACCUGUGGCAUACUCUAGCUGGUGUAAAUGAAUACUCACUUAUACUGCAUGGUGCUUUUCUACUGUUUUCUUUGGGGUUGGAGGCUCUGAUAGGCUGUUUUUUUUUUCAGGGUUGGUUUGUUUAUUUGACCUAACACAUCAUUAGUGAGGAUCCUACAGCCCUUUGUGUAGCUUGCAUCAGAACAUAUUUCAUUUAUAUGUUAAAUAUGAUCAAAUUUGCUGGUAAAUUGAGUUUCUUUAUAUGCUGCAGUCACGGGAACAAGAUUAGCUUUUAUGUUGGAACACACGACCCACAUGAAAACCUGUGGUUGUUAAAGAAAAUUUUAGACAAACAGUAUCUGUGAUUGAUUUUUUUUAUGAUUAUAAAAAAGCGUUAUUGGUUAGUAGUGGACUUUGACACACUCACACGUGAACACACAUUUUAAUGGGCUGUGAGACAGUGACUCUUUUCUAAUUAAAGUAGUUAAUGUACACGUUUUUGUCGUGUGGCUCUGAAAUGUACUGUGGCUCUUUAAGUAGUAACUCAGUAUUUGAAACUUUGAAAACAUCUAUUAGAAAGAGGGGAUUUGCCAUGAACUCUGCUGCUCGCACGCAUCUGAUCUGGUUCUGCACAAAACUGGUGAAAAUGUGGACUUCUACGGAGAUCACUAAGGCUUGAAAAGUUCUACAAAGUUGCCAGAUGGACAGGUGGACAGGUAUAUAGCAUUAAAGCUGAGUGGAACAGUGGUUAGCACUAUUGCCUCACAGCAAGAAGGACCUGGGUUCGACUCCAUCUGGCUGGGAACUUUCUGUGUAGAGUUUGCUUGUUGUCAUAAUAAUGAGUUACAACUCAAUGCAAAGCUUCAAAUAUCAGAAGGAAACUGUAUGUGUAGGUGAUAUUUCUCUGGUUUACUCUAUAAAGCAGAAAACAAUAAAUGUUAAGGCCCAGAUAUGACCCACAUCUGCCUUGACUCGCCACAUGACUAACAGUGUGUCUGGUUGCCACAGCUCCACCUUACAUAUGCUAGCUGUUACGUGUGUGUCACGAUCAGCUCUACACACAGACUGUAUAUAAAAGACAGAUGCAGCCAUCGCGAGGUCAAUCACUGGGUUAGUUAAACCCCAUUUAUGAAGCCUUCGGCCGAGUUUUUUCACAAUCAACUAGGUUCGCUUUUUGAACGCAAACAUAAUGGACAUGGGAGGGGAGGAUCUGAUGUAUUAGUUUGAAACAUUAGCUUAAAUGUUAGUCAGCUGAAUUAUUUACACUAUGCUGCUGCAAUUUGUUGAUUUUUUUUUAAAUCAUGUUUUUAUGCUCCAUGUGAGGAACUAAUGCACUUUGGGAAGUAAAAAUCAAGUUUGUGCAGUGACUGAACUGGCACAGGGAACAUAUCAGUUUGCACCACAUGAACUUAUAAUGAGGUCAGUCAGUGCUUUGACAUCAUCCUUUGUCCUUUCACAUAAAUUAUUGCUGGGGUGCUUAAUAACCACUUAACAGUCCUUUAUGUACCUGGAUAAUUUGAUACUGACAGGAUUUGCACUGCAGACACAAAGGUGGACUCUAGGAUUUCUGUACAAUAGAAACAAGUUGUAAAGAGGGAGGAAAAACAUUAAAACAAGUAUAUUCAGCAACAUGAUACACACUUGGAAUCUAUUAUUGUGUAUCUCAGUCCAUUUCCUGUCUUCCAUGGCGUGUUAGGCAUACUUACUCAAAUAGCAAAUACUUAAUAUAUUUCUGAGAUGUAAAAUUUACUGAACUAAUAAUUUCCAGCUCUGAUGUUAUCAAAUUGUCUUUCCAGUAAAUCUCUCUUUAUCAGAGAAAGUGGCAUCAGCAGAGGGCAGCGUGGAGAAUAGUCAUAACAACAUAAGUGAGUCCUUCUCUGUACAUGAAUGUCUGAAAGGCACCAGGAAAACAGUACCACAGAAGCCAUAAUGUCAUUUGUUCAGUUAAUAGCUGGUUAAGAAAAAAGUGACCUCAAAGCUCAGCUUGUCUGAGUGGCUAUCUACUGUUUUGGUGUUGAUUUUUAGGGUUUGCAAUGCCAGAAAUAAAAACCACUUGUAUGAACGUUCAUUUCUUAUCUGACAU